CGAAUGGGAUGAUUCUUCGCUACCUGAUUUUUUUCGCGCAGUUAUGGGCACUCUGCCUGGCCAAUGUGAAUAUGUUCAUCAGCAAAGAGGAAAUGAAUCGUACUUUUGGUGUCAAAGCUGAGCUGAAUUACAUUGAAAUGGGGAAUGUUAGCUCGUACUCUACAAAGUUUCACUACAGAGUUAUGGCAAACAUCGACUACCUCUCGUUCACAUGGAAUGCUGUUGGAAUUGUACACUAUGAAGUUUACGUCGAAUCUGAUGACUCUUCUGUGCUUCCUAUUGUUCGAAUUCCAUUGAAAGGAACGGUGCCAGAAUCUUUGCAGGACUUCACCGUUGAAUACAGAUGUGCCGGACACCGAUCCGGACAAUUUGCUGUCAGUCUAUAUUUCACAUUCAAAUAUGGUAAUAAGGAGCCGUUGAAAGUGAAAUUGCGACAGGAGAAGAUCUGCGCUUCAAGGGACGGACGUCGAGGUCUGAACGGAGGCUACGAGGGUCAUGAAGUCGACGACACUGACUCAAUAGACAAGGCAUUUUUUGUUAUCAUUUGCAUUGCUGCGGCAUUCCUACUUAUUGUGGCAGCAACGUUGAUCUGUUAUUUCAAGCGCUCUAAAAAAGAAGACAUGAUUCCGACUCGACUUCCAACGUCUUUUCGGAAUUCUUUGAAAUCUACAAAAAGCGCGCAGCCUUUUCUUCUGAGCACACCGCGAGAUGGACCUCCGACUCUUUCCGCUAUUUCAAGCGCUCCUUGUUCUUCGUCGUCUGCGUCGGGAAAUUCGAUAAUCCCGAGCAAGCCAAGAAACAUUGACGUGAGACGUGCAUUGUUACAACUCUAUCAAGAUCGAGAUGCUUUUCAAUCUCUACCUCUAGAUAUGGAGGGAACAUUUGGAGAAGUGAGAUAUGCAAUUUGGCGUCAAGUAGAUGACGUACUGAACGGAGAUGUUGACGACGAAGAAGACACAUUCUGUAACCAGGAAGCUGUUUACACCAAAACGUUGAAAAAUAAUGCCUCACCAAUUCAGCUGGAUCGGUUUUUGUCCGACGCCCUUCUAUUUUACAACAUCACACCUCACCAAAACUUGUCUCAAGUGGCAUGUGUGGCUUCCUUCGGAAGAUUCGACCGCCCGGAAACUGUCACAGAUUUUCCACUUGUUUGUUACAGACACCAAGGCUUUGGAAACCUGAAGAAGUUCCUCACCAUCUGCCGACAUGGUGAUAAAACUAAAGGAGCUCAAACUCUCCGAACUCAUCAACUCGUCUCUCUGGCCACACAAGUAUCUUCUGCAGUAGCUCAUAUACACAAAUAUAGAAUAGUGCAUAACGACAUUGCCGCUAGAAACUGCUUGAUCGCAGAAGUGAAUGGGCGACUCCAAGUGCAAUUAUGCGACUCGGCGCUGUCCCGCGAUCUGUUCCCAGCUGAUUAUCACUGCUUGGGUGACAAUGAGAACAGACCAUUGAAAUGGAUGUCUCCAGAAGCUAUUGCAAAUGAGCUGUACUCAUCGGCCGCUGAUGUUUGGUCACUGGGAGUUCUACUGUGGGAGCUCAUGUCGCUAGGAGGAUCUCCACACGCUGAAAUAGACCCUGAGGAAGUGUACACAAUGAUUCUCAAAGGAAAGCGUCUGCAACAGCCGAACAAUUGUCCGGAUCAAUUAUACGAAGUCAUGCUGUGCUGUUGGAGGGUACUCAGCGAAGAUCGUCCUAGCAGUGAGCAGGUAGUUCAUGGACUUCGAGACUUUAACAUUCAACUCAGUCAAUACAUCUAAUUAAUUGUUUGCAAUGCAAAACCAUCCACUUUUGACGGGUUAAAUUCGUUUCCGAUUCGUUUUAUUGUUCCCCACUCUUCAUUUAAUUAAUAAGUACACACAGACAUAAAUAUGAACAACAUU